GCGAUCCUGAGAAUUACGCGCCAUCUUUGUUCUCCAGUCAAAAGACUGUCUUCAAGGCACGUGAAAAAAUUUGAGAAAAAUUUCAGAAAAAUCAACAAAAUGCCGUUAGAAGAAAACGUAUCAAGCGAAAGCAGUUCUGAGUCAAGUGAUGAACAGGUAUAAUUUAAGUUUAAGUGUUAGGAAUCUCGUAGAAUAAGUAAAAUAAAAUAUAUUUUGUAUCAACACGAAACCCAGCAAAUGGCGACAAUGUGCACACAUACGCGCCAAAUUUUAAUAUAAACAUUGGCCAAUUUACUUUCCCAAACCUUCAACUUUUGUGGAAACAUCUUCAAAAUUGUUUCAAACAGUAUUUUAUAGGGAGUUUUAAGAAAGCAUUGGUAGAUUUGCACAUAAAACUUUUUAUCUCGGUACUUGCCUCAGCAUACUUGCUAACUUACUAGCUACAGUUAGCAGACUAUACAGCUGUCAUACGUUACAUCCCAGUUACACGAUACCGUAUCCACUUGUGUGACAUGUACAUAUGUUGUUCGAAAUAAACCGAGUAGUGUCUUCUCAUAAAAUUUCCCCCUUGGCAAUUUCUUAUUUUGUCAUAUAAUCACAAUUUCAAGUGUUAAGUGGUUCCUGAAAUGCAGACUGUUAGACUGUAUUAAAUAAAGUUCUGUAUUGUUCUGCACCAUAAUAUAGGUUGUCGUUACAGGUGCCAUUGGUGUUCUGGUAUUGAAAACUAUGAAAACCAAUAUCAAAAUUAUAAAAAAUCUGACAUUAUUGAUAUUGCAUUGCCCUAAUGCAGUUAGGCCUAUGGGACAGUUGUUUCGGCAGCUUUUAUAUUAUGACAAGAAAUGUGACAAUUUUGAAGAAUUUGGCAUUGGUGACAAAUAAUGGCAACAUUGAAUUUGUUGAAAGAACAUAUAAUCUGAAGUCAUAUCUGUUGUGUCAAACCACCUCGCCAUUUUUGGCUACCGGUACUGCAAACAGUCAAAUUGCAAAAGUUUGCAAUUGUGUUUGUGAUCUAUGAGUAUCUUAUCACAGAAAAAAUGCUGACACACUGCAUCACGUCAUCUUAUCUUGGGGACCAAAUUGGCCAAAUAAUGUCUUCCAUUUUCUGGACUUUAUCUGCUGAGUUGUGAACGAAUGCAGCCAGAGCUGGAUGUUUGAACUGUAAAGCAACCAGAGUUGAAAAACUGGAGUUUGCACAGCUCUAAAAUAUUGUCACCUUGUAAAUUUUGUAUUUCAUUUUUCCAUCAUAUUAAUUAAACUCCGACAUUCUAACGAAGACUCAAAGCACUGUGUUGAUAACUGCGCAUAAUUAAUUAAAGUUUGUAUCUUACGUAUUUUAGGCAGCGGACAAGAAUGAUGAAACAUAUGGUGAAAAGCCAAGCACAUCAAAAACUGGUAGAAAGGCACAAGUAGCACCAGCAGCUUCAAAGGGUUAUGAUGAAAAAAUUGUAAGUCUUUUAAUUAGUUUAAGUAUAAUUAACUGUGUGGCGGGGCGCUAAAUAACGGUCGAUCAACGGACAAUGUCCGGCCAAAAUGAGCAGUUGUAUGGCCAAACUUUUGCAUGACCGGUCAUUUUGGCCCACCACUUUUUAAAGUAUAAAUAACAGAAAUCGGCAUCAAAACUUUGUAAUACAUUCUACCGGAGAAGGUUGCAUUUAGGGGGACUUGGUCAGGCUUUAGUUUAGCUGAAUAGUUUGACCGUCCAAAAGUGCAGGAUGUCCAAGCCAAAAUUGGUUUCCCCAGUAGGAAUGUUCGGUAUGAGAAAUUUCUGGUAUCGGUAUACCGAAAAAAUUAUACCGACCGGUUUUCCUUUGAUAAUUAUAAAUAGGGGUGCAAUUUAUAAAGGAAAAUUCUUUAAUGGAAGUUUAAAGGAAACUUUAAGUAAUUCUAAAAGGGAAAACGAUAAUGUCAAAGCUGUUUUGAACAUGUUUCGAACGACAUGCAUAUACUCAGUGUAAAAUCUCACUGAAGUGGAAAUUCUAAAUCAUUGCAGUAGAAAGUUUGUUGAAUUGCCAUUCAGUAGUAAAAUAAAGGUUAUGGUUUCGCCAUAUAGUUGGUAAAUUUAACACGGUAUACCGAAAAAUUCUGGUAUAUCCGAAAUUUCGGUAUAUCGGUAUGGUUGAAUAUCUGGUAUCGAUAUACCGCUAUUGAUUUAAUACCGAUAUUUUCGGUAUAUCGGUAUACCGAACAGUCCUAUUCGCCAGUCACAUGACCGGUCACUUUCCUGCCGUUAUUUCGCGCCCUGAACAGUAGCACAAAAAACUAUAUUAUCUUCUCCCUCAAUAUUCUUAUCAAUUGGUUGUGUUAGCAAUUCAAUGCACUCUGAUUUUACAUAUAGUGAUUGAGUAGUUAUGGGACAGAAAUUCAUAGUAUAAAUAAAAUAAAAGCCAUUCAAAAAUCUGAACAUUCACACCACUCAUUCACAUCCAUCAGAAGAUGAAAAUCACACCUAAAGUUGCAAGUUUCAACAGUCCUUUACUCCCUUUAGAGUUUAGACUUAAAAGAUGAGUGUGUUAAAAUUCAAACUCUUGGCUUGUAGACAUUGGAAGACUGAUAUACCUUGCCAAUAUUGAAUUCAUACAUUACACCAAGCUAAUCCUGCUGACUUGUACAACUUUUAGGAAAAAGAUCGUGCGACAAGAUUCAAUUUCCUUCUUGAAAAGACUGAGAUUUUUUCUCACUUUAUGAACCCUACAAGUGGGAAAAAACCAAAGAGUCCUCUGAAGAUGAAAGCACCAGAUUUUCCCUCUCCUGAAAGAAAAACAUCUGAAUCUGGAGAGUAUGUAGAUAUAUAACAAAUUAUUUAGAAAGCCAUUUCGUACUGAAACAAUAAUGUGUCAUACUCAGUUGAGAGUACAAGUGUAAAAUAAGAUGUGUGAACCCGUUGUGUGGUGAUGUCAUGUUAGUUUGUUAUAAAACAUUAUCAAUAGAACAUAUAUAUAUAAAAGAGAACCCUAUAUAACCCUUAUAAUUUAUAUUAUGAAAUACAUGUAGGUGUCCCUGAGAAGCUUAUAUUUUAAUUUCUUCUAUCUUAGUUGUGAUAUACCGUAAACCUCUGAAUUUAAGCCCUGGGCUUAUAUUCGUUCAUAAGCAUUUUUUAUGGGCUUAUACAUGGGAGGGCUUAUAUAUGGGGGAGGGGGCUUAUACUGUAUAUGGAUGACAUUGGAUGUUUCUAAUAAUAUUUAUUGUACUUGUAAACUAUACCGUCAGGGCUUUAUCCAAGUACCAACGGUAAAUGGAGGUCAAAACUCAAACUUGGAUUGAGUUUUUAAACUGAAUCUUUCCACCAUUUUCACACACUUUAGUUUUUGGAAUUCCAAGAAACAGGGUUAAUUGAGCUGGGUUUUUUUUUCCAAAUUAACACAACAUGUUUAUGUUAUAAAGCUACUUCUAUUGUAUAUUUUGUGUCUUGUGCCCACCAUGCUUAGAUGGCAUGCAUGUUUGGAUUUCUGAUAAAUAUUUCGAUCAAAUCAGCACAAAAUGAAAUGGGAUGAUUGAAGAAUAAUAAAUAUUACAAAUAGAAAGUGAAUUUUUCGAACUAAAAUCUAAAAUUUAUACAACAUUGAGUUGGAAGAGUAAAAAAGCUGCAGAAAAAAUAUGCUUGAAUACUACUACAUCGAUGCAUGGCCUCUUUGGUAUUGCACAAUGUUUACAUAAGAUUACAUUAUUCACAAACCAUGCAGUUACAUUCAAGCAACAUGACGGCAACAUAGUGAAGUCUAAGAUGCUGAAAUAGAAAAAGCUUUCAGGAACUUUGCCCCUACUCACAUGGGCUUAUACACAGAGGGGCUUAAAUUGGGGAGGGUGGCUUAUAUUUGAAAUGGCCUGAAUGUUAGUAAAAAUGAUGCUUAUACACGGGGGUGGGUUUAUACACGGGGGGGGGGGUGUUACAUUUGGAGGUUUACGGUAUGUGUUGUCUGUUGCAGUCAUCGUCACCGUCACACUGAGCAGGAAGAGGAUGCUGAACUGUUGGAGCAAUCGAAACAUCAGAAAGCCAUUGUCCACUUUGAACAGUCACCUUCGUGUAAGUAAUACCCAUGUAUGGCCAGUGGACUACCACGUUGGCCUUUUGUUUAGCGCUCCAAAUUGAGAUUCUGCAAUCCCAGGUCUCAUUGAGACUUUAAGGUAUUAAAUAGAUUGUAAUAUAGAUUUAAAUAUUUUUGUAGUUAUUAAGAAUGGUGAGAUGAGAGACUACCAGAUUCGUGGUUUAAACUGGAUGAUAUCCUUGUAUGAAAAUGGCAUCAAUGGAAUUCUUGCUGAUGAAAUGGUAAACAAAUCAACAAUUCA